UUUUUUUUUUGGUUAGGAACUGGAGCGCUGGAAUGGGUGAUGAAUUGAAUUUUCAUUUCCAAAGCGCGACCAUCUUAGCUAGGUUCUUGUAGGGUUUGUUGAGAAUCUUGUAGUUCUUUUAAUUCUUCUUUUGAUCGCUGAUGUGGAGUUGGAUUUGUAAGUUAGAUCGACAGAUAAGAGGAAAUCAUUUCACUCUGAAUGGAUUUGGAAUGUGUGUGAAGAUUUGUUCGCUGUUUUCUGAGAAGAAUUGAAUUGAAUUAAAUUUUAGCAGAGGAGUAUGGAGAAUGUGUGUGAUGUUAAUCACUUGGAUGCUGAUGUUCUUUUGCCUCCUCGUAAGCGUCUUCUUGCUGGAUUGAAAAAACAGAGCUCGGAUGGUGAUGCUGCAGCAUCUCCAUCGCGGGUUGUUGCUUCCUGUGCUACAGUUUCCAAGGCUGUUUCCUCUUCACCUUCUUCCUAUUCCGUUGAAUUUGAAGCCAGGCUUAAGAAUUUGUUGAGUUCUCAUCCCACUAACCCUAACCUUACCCCUGAGGAGGUCGUGGAGGCUUCGAAGGCUGAAGCAAUGGCUGCGGUGAAAGCUGCAAAGGCUGCUAGAGCUGCAGCUGAGGUAAAGGCCGAGAUUGCCGCAAAAGCAGUUGCAGCUGCCAAGAGAGCUUUGGAUUUGAUUGCCUCUUUCUCCGAAGAGGCAAUGGGUAGCAAGGAAAGAAAUCCGAAGAAGAACAAGCUCAAGAAGCAUCUCCCAGUUCAUUUCUUGUACAAAAAGUACCAACAAAUUGAAAAUUGUGGGACGGAUGAAGAAUUGGCCCGGAAGUUGCAUCGGGCUAUGAACAUUUCUCCAAGAAUCUCAAAGAAUUCUCCAAAUUCAGACUCAAGUGGCAGGAAAUACAAAAAACCCAAGAACUUUUCGAGCUUUGAAAUGACCGAGGUUUCGGAUUCCCACAUGGUAACUGGACAGGAUUUGUUAUCUAUGAACAAUGGGCAUGCAGUGGUGAGUAAGGUUGAUUCUGAAGGCUCCGUUCAAGAAGCAUGUUCAAGCAAGGAAGAUAAGAAGGGAUUCAGAAACGAUGGAUCUAGCCAAGUAGAGGUAAUAGAUAAUGGGGAAGCAGAGUCAAGUACAAAGGAGAAAAAAUCAGAAAAUUUGUCUUCAGUGGGUAAGAAGAGAGGAAGGGUGAAACUAAAGAAGUUACCCUUAAGCAUUUGCACUUCCAAAGACAGGGCACAGCCAAAGGAAGGUGUGAGAGCUAGAAGUGCUCCAUUGACUGAAAUGAAUGCUGGUAAUCAUGUUGGCAAUAAAGCUUUGUUUCCAAUGGAGUCAUCUGCUGACAGAGUGAUGCCAAUUGAGGCUACAUCAACAUGCAAAUGCCAGGAGUUCAAGACACCUGCUUGUAUCAAACAGAGUAAAGCUGUGCAAUCAUAAUAUUCAUAUUAAAUUGAGAUAACUGGGAGCUAGUAACUAAAAUUACAAGUUGAUAGCUAUGGUAGAAACCAUCAUGUUUUUUUUCCUCACAUAUAUGGCCUUUUUUCUUCAUCUUUGGUUUUGUAAUGAAUUUGAACUUACUAAUGUAAAUUUAGAUUUUUAGCCGUUUGCAUUAGUUCUUUCGGUUUAAAAGUUGUAUUUCAGGAUAAUUUACGGCAAAGUUCGAGUUUAGUUAGGAAGAUGCAAUGAAUUCAACAGCUUUACCAUUGUGCUGUUUAUUGCA